AGAAAAUUUUUUAGUUCUUCUAAUGCACCGCGUGUUCCUUUAUGAAGAACUUUUUCACCAAUUAUUUUAAUCUGAUCGUUAUUUAGCUUUGAUAAAUCUUGUAAACAUUUCUCUGCUUGUGGUUUCAAUAUUGUCCAAUCAUUAAUUGUAGUUCCUAAUUCGAGUGCAUUAGCUAAAACCUCUUGUAAUUCUAAACAUUCUUCUUCUGAGAGAUAUUCUCUGGUUACAUCUAAAUCUGAUCCAUCUACAAUUCUCCACCAUAUCGACUUUGAUGAAUCUUUGAUUCUUUUAUCCUCAUCUUCUUCCGAAAUUAAUUCUUUAUGAUACAGCAUUCCUUUUUCAAGCCAUGUUAGAAUUGCACAAUCAAAUUCCCAUUCAAUUAUUCCGCUACCAUCCACCUCGCUAUUUUCAUCUGCUUUUCUCUUUCGUUCUUGUUCCGCCGAAUCAAACCUCAUGCUGGCAUAUUGUUGGGAAAUCAACAAUUGAGAAUUAUAUGUUUUAAAAUGCUGAAUACCAGCCGAUAUGCCCGUACUAAUUGUCAUAUUUUCUAGAUUACGCUGGAUAGUGGAAUUAUAAUAAGACAAUAUGUUAAUACAAAA